AUGUAUGACACUGCUAAGUACCUAGCGUCAGUAAUCGGUCCAUUGGCAGGUAAAACACAGCACCACAUUAUCAAUAGUGUUAAUUUUGUGCAGAAAAUUCAGGGACUAGAGGUACCACCGGGACAGAAAUUAGUAUCAUAUGACGUUUCUGCACUUUUUACCAGUAUACCUGUAGAAAAGGCACUUGAAAUCAUUAGAAUGAGACUAGAGAAAGAUAAGAACUUGAAUGACAGAUGCGAACUCAAUGUUGAUCAGGUCAGUGAACUUUUAGAACUUUGUCUUACAAGUACGUACUUUGUAUACCAAGGCAAAUACUACCAACAGAAACAGGGAGCGGCCAUGGGGUCUCCAGUCUCCCCUUUAGUUGCUAAUCUGUACAUGGAGUUCUUUGAACGCCAGGCACUAGACCGAGCCAAGACCCCCCCCCCCCCCCCUCCAUCACUGUGGAUAAGAUAUGUUGAUGAUACCAUGACAAAGAUACAUGAGUAUGACAUUGACCAGUUCACGGAACAUCUGAACUCCAUAGACCCGCACAUAAAGUUCACUUCAGAACAAGAAGAGGAUGGGAAGAUACCAUUUUUAGAUACUUGUAUUCAUGUAGAGGACGAUGGCUCAACAAGAGUAACAGUUUACAGAAAGCCCACACAUACUGACCAAUAUCUUAAUUUCAAUUCAAACCACCACUUGGAACACAAAAGGUCAGUGGUAAGAACCUUGUUACACAGGGCCAACACACUUGUGACUAACGAAUCAGACAAGAAGAAGGAAAUUGAACACGUAAAAACAGCGUUACGUGCGAAUGGAUACCCUGAGUGGAUUUUUCAGCUUCCCAACAAAAAAUCUCAACAGGACAAGACUCAAAAUAGUGCGACAAAGGAAAGAAGAGUAAACGUGGGUAUGCCCUAUAUUCGUGGAACUUCGGAAGUUCUGGUGAGGGUGUUUAAGAACCACGGAGUGAACAUGUUCCACAAACCAUACAACUCGAUAAGGAGUCAGGUCACUCGGGUGAAAGAUCAAACCGAUAAACUGAAAAAAAUGUGGAAUUAUAUACCAUGUGAAAUGUGA